AUGUCAAAGCCUCGUAUUGCAAUCAUCGGUGCAGGAGCAUCUGGACUUACAUGUAUUAAGCAAUGUCUCGCUGAUGAUCUUGAACCGGUGUGUUUUGAAGCAUUCUCUUCUACUGCGGGACUUUGGCGGUAUACUGAAGUCAAUGAAGAAAAUAAGGAUCCACAUUCUUCAAUUUAUAAGAGUGUGAUCAUAAAUACUAGUAAAGAAAUGUCGACAUUUUCGGAUUUUCCAAUUCCUCAUGAUUGGCCUUAUUUUAUGCAUAAUAAACUUGUAGCAAAGUAUUUCGAUUUGUAUGCGGAAAGAUUUCAACUUAUUCCUCAUAUAAAAUUCAAUACUACAGUUUUAAAUGCAUCAAUUCUUCCAGAUCAACGUUGGAAAGUUCGAUAUGUUACUAAAGGUGAAGAUGAAAUUGAAAGUGUGUUUGAUUACGUAAUGGUUUGCACAGGUCAUCAUAGGUAUCCUCGGUUACCAAAGUAUAAAGGAAUGGAUAAAUUUAAAGGAAUUCAAAUUCAUUCACAUUUUUAUCGAGAACCUACUGAUUUUAAGAAUAAACGUGUGGUAAUUGUUGGAUGUGGAAAUAGUGGUAUGGAUAUUUCCGUGGAGUUAUCAGAAAAUAUAGAACAAGCUUAUAUUUGUGUUCGUCGAGGAACACUUCCAUGGAUUGUGCCAAGACUUGUAUAUGGAAAACCCGUUGAUCACUUCACUAGUCGUUUCUUUACUGGUUGGAUACCUCAAUUUAUCCAAAACCUUCUAUUCAAAAGUACAACGAAAUCUGCAAUUGGACCACCGCCUCCAGGCUUCGAACCUAAAACAGCACCUUCUAGUCAUCAUCCAACCAUGAAGACCAAUUUUUAUGAACGUCUUUCAACUGGGACUCUUAUUGUUAAACCAAAUAUCUCCCAGUUGAAUGAAGAUGGAUCUAUUGAAUUCGUGGAUGGAACUAAAGUUGAAAACAUUGAUGCAGUGAUUUAUGCUACCGGAUAUCAAAUUGAAUUCCCAUUUUUAGAUAGGGAUAUUGUUUGUGAUAAAGAUGUUUUGGAAGAUUUUGAUGAAGAAUAUAGAGAGAAUUUAGUUUGGUUAUAUAAGAGAAUGUUUCCACCAAAAUAUCCCAACAUUGCUUUUAUUGGCUUGGUUCAAUUAAUAGGAGCGAUAUUUCCUUUGAGCGAAAUGCAAGCACGUUAUGUUAUAAGUUUAGUCAAAGGUUACGUACCACCAAAUCCACCAAUUUCCGAAAUGCACAAAGAGAUUCGAGAACAUCAAAAGGUUUUACAAAAAAUCUUUUAUAAAUCACCAAGGCAUACAAUUGAAGGCUAUUUUUUCCCAGAAUUAGAUAGUUUAGCAAAGGAUUUAGGUUGUUACCCGUAUCCAAUGCAAAUCAUAAGAAAAUAUGGAUUCUCUUUAUAUCUGAAAGUUUUAUUUGGAAUUCCCAAUUCUAUUCAAUAUCGUUUAUUGGGGCGACAAUCUUGGGACGGCGCAGCAGAUGCAAUCAGAGUUUAUAACGGUUAUGAACCAUACAAAAUAAAACAAUCAUAA